CUUGUCAGUGGGAUGGCACGUAUUCACACACUCGCCGAACAUUCCCCAUCGUGCUGUCAGCCUGGGCGAGGGGCGUUGCUAUCUUGGCACGGCUGCAAUAACCUCAUUGAAAGGACAGUACAGGACGGGUUAUGAACCAGCAACUUCGAAAAUGCAGAAAAGCCAGACCGAGCACCUCUAUAAAAUAUUAGUCAUCGGUGAUCUGGGUGUAGGAAAGACCAGUAUUAUCAAGCGUUACGUACAUCAAAACUUUUCCCAACAUUAUCGAGCUACGAUUGGCGUGGAUUUCGCACUUAAAGUACUUAACUGGGACUCAGAGACUGUAGUUCGACUGCAGUUAUGGGACAUAGCGGGUCAAGAACGAUUUGGGAACAUGACAAGAGUAUACUACAGAGAGGCCUUUGGAGCAUUUAUUGUCUUUGAUGUUACGCGAGCCACAACAUUCGAAGCAGUGUCCAAAUGGAAGGAUGACUUAGACUCAAAAUUAACUCUACCUAAUGGCAAACCUGUCUCAGUUGUCCUAUUGGCAAACAAAUGUGAUCAAGGGAGUGAGUUCUUAGCUGCCAAUCCUGGAAAGAUGGAACAGUUCUGCAAGGAUCAUGGAUUUGUCAGCUGCUUUGAAACUUCAGCAAAGGAAAAUGUCAACAUUGAUGAAGCGGCUCGAUGUUUGGUCAAACACAUCAUGGAUAGUGAAAAUGAUCUUGCACAGUCUGUUGAGUCUGAUGUUGUCACCCCAGCACUCAAUUCCUUCAGAAGCAACAGCAGCUGCUCAUCUUGUUUUAAGUCUUAGAUUGGGAUCUUGUCGUAACAGGCCUGUUACAACUUCCACACUUACAUUUGUAUUUGAAAUAAGUACAUUAUUAACUGGAAUCUGAAUGGUGGUGGAAUUUUGAAAAAUGUGAAAGAAUUGAAAUUUCAGUUACAAUAACUUGCAAUGAUGUAUCUCAUGUCUAACAGAAAAAUCAUUCCAAAGUGCUUCACAGGAUUAGGAAAGAAAAGGCAGUUUUAUGUCACAAAAGAAGUUUUGUGUCACACAAAUGACUAAUUUUGGACCAGGCACUGGUCUUUACAUUGUGUAUUCAAAAGAAGAGGAUAAAAUUCAACUUUGACAGGGGCAGAAAAGGGGCUAUAGCAGAUGAGUUAUUCCAAUGGAAAGGAAUGCUAGUAGGAUAUAUGUCAGCAAAUGAUCUACCCCUGCCCAUUAUGAACCCCAGCCAGACGUAAAUUUCAUUUCCAGUGUAAUUUUUAUCUGCCAGUGGUGCGAAUCAAAAUAUAAUCACAUACGUUUGGCAGCAUUUUAUGAUUCCAUGAAUGUUUGCUGGACAUUUUGUGAUAGCUACUGCCAUCUUACUUGCCAUUCUAUUUUAAAAAAAAAUUAAGCCAUGAGGACUGAUGCAUCUAUGAGGCAAGAGGAGGAAGGUGAUAUUGAGCACAGUGCUAACCCAAAUCCCUUAAAUCGUAAUCCUCUUUUUAAAACUUCUUAUGUAGCAUCUUUUGAAAUGCCUUCUGAAAACCCAAAUAUCUGAUCUCCAUUGGUUUUCUUUAAUUUUCCCUUCAAAGCACAUUCUCAAAAGAGAUUUGUAAAACACAAUUUCCAUUUCAUAAAAUUUUUCAUUCUGCCUAAUUAUGUUACGAUUUUCCAAGUGCCAUCUACAAACUAUCUUAGAUCCUGUCACUUACCCUACUACCAGGCCAGAGAGCCUGUCAAAAUGAUUCCGAUAUUCUUGAACCAAGGUGAUCUAUCCAGAUUCCCCUUCCCUAAUGAGAUGUGCUUUUUCACUUGCUGCAGCUGAGUGGUAAAUCAAAAAUUUAAUUUAGUUACAAGUCUGUUGAGCACAACAGUAUUUAAUUCUUAACCAUUCAUCAAAAUAACAAAAACAGAAUUUUACCUAAGACAAACAUGGGAAAAACUCAUUUUAAUUACCUUUGUGCUAUUGUACUCCAGUGUACAGAUUACUAUUAUUCUUUGAGGGGGGAUAUUUCUUUGGAACUUCUGAGUUUGUCACCGUAAGUUUGAUGGAAACUUACUUAUAAGUAUAAAUCAUGUUCUCUUCUGUGAAAGUAAUGGAAUAAAAGCUUUGAUGAGAUUCA